GUCGCGAGGCGCCGCGCGGACGUGGUACCGGCUUUCCGCUUAACCCGCUUGACGUGUGACCGCUUAACUGUGACCGCUUAAGUGCUCAAAUAAGCGAAAAGGCUAAACGCUUUAAUAUUCUUUGACGUUAUCACCGCGUCCCGGGCAGUUCGGCCGCGCGUCCCCUCCGUGACGCUUCGUUGGUGGCUCCCAAAUGUGUUUUACUAUUACGUUCAAAAUGGUAGCGAGACGCGAGAUUAGAUUAGAUAACUAAAGAUGUGCUCCGUGAAAUCGCCACGACAUUCUCCGUUGAGACACGGACUGAAUUUUAAUACAUAAAUGUCUGAAAUUAAAUUUUAAAAGACAAAAUUAUGUUGAAAGUGUUCUAGUUGGAACAAUGAAUUGAAUUCAGUUUAAUAAUUUCAUAUAACGAAGUAUAAAGUGACGCUUAACAGUGCUAGUGAAGUGACCUAGUUAAACAAAACAAACAAAAUAAAAAUGUUAGUGAUGUUAUAAUAAAAAGAUUUGUGUUUUUAAAUAAUUGGAAGUUUUAGUAGGUAUUUUUAAAACGUGAUGUCAAAUUAGUGAGGUGCGAUCGUGUGUAGCAAUGGGUUGCCAGCUGGGUAAGCUAGCUGCCUCUGAGCGUAGGACCAACAACCAGGUCUUGGGCGAUGGACCGCCACCAGCGACGGACCCGAGACUGCCUCUCACAGCCAAGCAAAAGUAUUCGAUGCUCGCCUCGUGGAAAGGAAUAUCGAGAGCGAUGGAGAAGACGGGGAUAUGCAUGUUUAUAAAAUUAUUCGAAGAAAACCAAGAUCUCCUAAAUAUGUUUGAAAAGUUUCGUCAGUACAGGACGAAGGAAGAGCAAAUUAACUCCAUGGAACUCGCGGAGCAUGCGAACAAUGUCAUGAACACCUUGGACGAGGGUAUUAAAGGGCUGGAUGAUUUAGACAACUUCUUUGAAUAUAUACACCAAGUUGGAGCAAGUCACAGACGGAUACCUGGAUUUAAAGUAGAAUAUUUUUGGAAAAUCGAAACUCCGUUCCUAGCAGCAGUGGAGUCAACCCUCGGCGACAGAUACACGCCGAACGUUGAAAACAUAUACAAAAUAACCAUCAAGUUCAUCCUGCAGACCCUCGUCGAUGGAUACGAAAAAGCAGCCGCCAAAGCGAAUCCCACAUGAACUGACUGCGAGCUGAUAGAAUAACUGGUAUUAACUUCUACUUGAAACUCGAUUACCGUAUGUAUAUUAAAAUUUUAAUUACUCGAUGAUGACAAAAG